AUGGUCGAGUCCAAGACAGGAGACGAUUCUGAGCCUUACUAUGCUGAUUUCACCAAGAAGGACAGCAGCCUCCCUAAGCCUGUUGUGGACCUCAUCUACUGGAAAGAUGCCAAGAUGAGCGGAGCAGCGCUAGGGGCAGGCAUCGUCCUCUACGUGCUUACUAGCUUCAGAGGAUACACCUACCUCUCCCUCACAAGCCUCCUCCUCCUCACCCACCUCCUCAUCAGCCUCGCGAUGACGUUGGUGGCGAGAUGGCAGGGCAAGUCCACGCCGCAAGGCAAACCCCUGCAGGUGGACCCGGAGCUGGCCAAGAAGGCUGUGGAGCAUGUCAACCGAGCGAUCGUGUGGUAUUCGGAGCUUCUCCGAGGAGAGGACGUCAUGACUGCUGGCAAGGUGGUGGGCGUGCUGUUCGUGACCUGGACCCUUGGCUCCUGGUUCGAUGGGCCAACAUUGCUCAUGCUAA